AUGCCGGGGGGCCGGCGGCCGAGGGUCCGCUCCGGGAACCAGCCUCGUCCCGCGCCCGCCAUGGAGCCGUCCGGGCGCGGGGCCUGGGCCCACAGCCGCGCCGCGCUCGACCGGCUGGAGGAGCUGCUGCGCUGCUCGCGUUGCUCUAAUAUUCUGAGGGAGCCUGUGUGUUUAGGAGGGUGUGAGCACAUCUUCUGUAGUAAUUGUGUAAGUGACUGCAUUGGAACUGGCUGUCCAGUGUGUUACACCCCAGCGUGGAUACAAGAUGUGAAGAUAAAUAGACAAUUGGACAGCAUGAUCCAGCUUUGUAGUAAGCUUCGGAAUUUGCUACAUGAUGAUAAGCUUUCAGAUUUGAAAGAAGACACAUCUAGGGAAAAUUUAUUUAAUGAUGCAGAAAAUAAGAAGAAUUCAAUAAAAAUGUGGUUCAGUCCUCGAAGUAAGAAGGUCAGAUAUGUUGUGAGUAAAGUUUCAGUGCAAACCCACCCUCAAGUCAUAAGUGAUGAGAACGCUCGGCAGGCUUCAAUGUACGAAUUUGUUUCUACAAGUCCUCCAACAAGUGUUUCAGAGAGGGCUAAAAAGGCUCGUACAAGAUCUAGAAAAAAACAAAAAAAGAAAACUUUAACCGAAAUCAACCAAAAAUGGAAUUUAGAAGCAGAAAAAGAAGAUGAUGAACUUGACUCCAAAGAGGAAUUUAAGGAGAAGCUGGUGUCUUUCUGUAGCCAGCCAUCUGUUAACCCUAGUCCUCAGGCAAAUGGUGAAAUAGACUUACUUGCAAGUGGCUCUGUAACAGAAUCACAGUGUUUUAGCAGCUUAGCUGAAGUCUCUUUACCAUUAGCUGAGCAAAUAGAGUCUCCAGAAUUGGAGAGCAGGAAUGAAGAAUUGACUCCCCAGAAGAAUCUCUGUGAGAAUCCUCUUCCACCUAAGCAGUCCUUGCCAUCAGGUCACAGUGGGCGGCGUGGGCGGCGCAGCAGCCGGUCCAGUCCCAUUUCUAAGAGAUGCAGAAGCAGCAUUCCUGGCACCAGUAGCCAGCACAUAGUGCUUUCAGAAAGCAAGCCAUUGCCUGGCUGCUCUUCACCACCUUCAAGCAAACUUAAAAUUGGUGACACAUUAAGGAGGAAAAACAGUAAUCUAUCAGUUGAGUCCAUGACCCUUUCACCAGGUACACCGCCUUCUGCCCUGAAUAGCCCACGUUACAGACGGAUGAUGUCUAGCCCCUCAGCAACAAAGCUGUCACCCAAUAGCCUUACGGCUGUGAAGAGAAAUCAUAGAGGAGAGACUCUGCUCCAUAUUGCUUCAAUUAAGGGUGACGUACCCUCCGUUGAGUACCUCUUACAAAAUGGAAGCGACCCAAAUGUUAAAGACCAUGCUGGAUGGACACCAUUGCACGAAGCCUGCAAUCACGGGCACCUGAAGGUAGUGGAGUUGUUGCUGCAGCACCAGGCGUUGGUGAACACUCCUGGCUAUCAGAACGACUCCCCACUUCACGAUGCUGCCAGAAACGGGCACUUGGAGAUAGUCAAGCUCUUACUCGCCUCUGGAGCCUCCAGGGAUGCCGUUAACAUAUUUGGUUUGCGGCCUGUGGAUUAUGCAGACAAUGAAAAUAUGAAAUCACUAUUGCUGCUACCAGAGAAGAAUGAAUCAUCAUCAACUCGCCAUUACUCAGUACCAAACACUGGUCAGCGUAGGGAUGGACCUCUUGUGCUUAUAGGCAGUGGGCUUUCUUCAGAACAACAGAAAAUGCUCAGUGAGCUUGCAGCAAUUCUUAAGGCUAAAAAAUGUGCUGAAUUUGACAAUACAGUAACUCAUGUCAUUGUUCCUGGGGAUACAGUUCAAAGUACCCUGAAAUGUAUGCUUGGGAUUCUCAAUGGAUGUUGGAUCUUAAAAUUUGAAUGGGUGAAAGCAUGUCUACAGAGAAAAGCAUGUGAACAAGAGGAAAAAUAUGAGAUACCUGAGGGACCCCAUCGAAGCAGGCUCAACAAGGAACAGCUGCUGCCAAAGCUGUUUGACGGAUGCUACUUCUAUUUUGGGGGAACCUUCAAACACCAUCCCAAGGACAACCUUAUUAAGCUUGUCACUGCUGCUGGGGGCCAGGUCCUCAGUCGAAAGCCCAAGCCAGACAGUGAUGUGACUCAGACCAUCAAUACGGUUGCGUACCAUGCGAGACCAGAUUCCGAUCAGCGCUUCUGCACACAGUAUAUCAUCUACGAAGAUUUGUCUAAUCAUCACCCAAAGAGGGUUCGGCAGGGCAAAGUCUGGAUGGCUCCUUCCAGCUGGUUUAUAGAUUGUGUGAUGUCCUUUGAGUUGCUCCCUCUUGACAGCUGAAUAUUACACCAGAUGAACAUUUCAGAUUGAACUUACAGAUUGAACUUACACGGUGUGAGAACCCAGCCAUUGCACUGUUGUGAUCAUUCACAUUUUUAAAAAUAGGUAGACUCAUUCUACGUAUUUUUUCCUUAAAUUAAAAAAAAAAAACAAAAACAAAAAAACAAAAACAAAAACAAAACAAAACACCUUAUGCCAGAUUAGGAACUCAUUUGGUGUUUACCAUUUAGAUGCUGAGAUUGUUUUGAUGGAUUUUUCUUUUUAAAUCUGGUGUAUGCUUUGAUUCAUCAUGUCUUUUUAUUCAAAUUAUCAGCUAUCAAAGAUUAAUGAGAGAGUAUCAGAACUAUUGGUUAAAUAUACAAGCAGUAUGGUUAUUAUCUCAGCCUUUUAAUGUUCUUUGAUGAAAAAAAUCCACACUUUACCACCAGCAAAAAUGCUUCCCAUGCUUAGUAAACAAAAAAUAUAGUCAAAUAAUUGAUUCUGGCUUUAUUGUAAUACAGUACCUGGUCUGAAUGUACCACCAUAGGUGUUAAAUUCUUCUGUUUACAAUUGUCUUCAUCUUACGUUUCAUUUCUUAUAAUUCAUGGGGAUUGUCAGUUCCUCUGUUUUUAUCCUUUCUUUUAUCUUAUGUAUUCAUCAAGAAAUCAUGAUUUAAACCAUAGCAGCAUUCUUUGGUGGUGAAAAUCAACAUUGGGCACCUGGUACGUAUUUUUAUUAUAUAUACUUGCUUAUCGCUAACUAUCAAUUUGCGACUGUGCCUACAGUGUAUGUGUAUAUACGUAGAGCAUUUUCUCUCACACAUUUAGUCUCACCAGAUGAGUGAAUUGUCAAUCAAAUGUUAAUAAAUUAAAUUAGGAGCCAGUUCUUCUUCUGGUAGACCUCACUACAUAUUGCUAAAAUAAUUGUUUUGAAGGUCUUAAUUUCUUUUGUAAGAUUUUUUAUUUACCCCUUUUAGAUUGCUGUGGAGGCAGAAGUUGGGGAUUAUUUGUAAGAAGCAGAAUUCUUUAGUAAGUCUUCCUAGAAACUGAACAUACUUCUAAUAUGAAAGACAGGGGAAGGGAGACACUGUGGGACCUGCCAGGUUUGGUCUCUGAUGCGCUGGAGAUGGUCAAGCUGUGGAUGACAAUACUGAGAGUCUGAAGUGAACGAACAUACUAAGAUGCAUUUAUUUGUGUGUUUGAGAUUCUGCUGAUUAUUUCAAAAUAAAUCUUAUUGUAAUUCCCUCUUUGACACGGCACUUUUCCAUAUAAAGAAACACAUUAUGUAAACGCGGUGAUAACACUGUGGACCCUGACCUUCACGGAUGAAUUAGCUCCGCAGCGCUGUCCGACCAGCCAUGUGCUUAUCCCACAUUUUAUUGUUAUGGAGAAUGAUGAAGAGCACAGCACCACACAAAUCUGAGGGGUUAGAUAAUGUCUGGAUUAAAUAAUUUGGGACACUCUGGGAUUUCACUUGUCAUUUUUGAUUUAUGACGGACUUGUGGUCACUUUCUAUUGCCUCAUCGGUCACAUUCCUAGACAGCUUUGUGUCUCCCUCGGAUUUGAAUCCCUUUUUGUAAAACCACUUUGGGGGUUGCCCACUCUGCUUCAUUCAUUUUCUUGGUUUGUCCCCACCCACCCUCCCCCUUUGUCAUAUUUUGUCCCCCACUAUUAAGCGGUUUUAUUUUUUGUUCUUUUAAGUAUUUAUUUUGAUAGAAGUUGGUUGAUGUUAAGCUUCUAAGCCUUGUAAUUUCUGCGUAGAUAAUACUUGUAACAUUUCAUUUUUCAAUCAUAGAUUCAAGCUUCCUUUUUAUUGAGUAUAAAUCAUUAAAGUUAUUUGUGUAUCUGUAUCUCUAUAUCUUCUAGAAGUAGCUUACUUACUGCGUGCUCUUGAAGCGUGAGACUCCACAAGACCUGGGAGGAAACCUUUCAGCGAACAAAGCCUGUCUUUCGGAACACUAACACAUAUAAUUAACUUUGGAUAGAAAUCUCUCUAAAGUAUAUUAGAUGCUUUAUUACCUUAAAUAAAUACGUCUGAACAGAG